CGAGGAGCUGCACUACUGCUUUGUCUAUUGAUCUUCCAAGUAACAUCCACUUCCCAUGGCCAAGCGAGUGGGUCGGGAGCCUGCAUCAGCAGCGAGCGAGAUGCGCUUCUGUCCUUCAAGGCAAGCCUCCUCGACCCUGCUGGCCAUCUCUCGUCAUGGCAGGGUGAGGAUUGUUGCCAGUGGAAGGGAGUCCGGUGUAGCAACAGAACGGGCCAUCUCAUCAAGCUCAACCUCCGCAACAUCGACAUGAAAGACAUGUACACCAUGUACGACUACAGCUACAAAAUGGUUGACUACAGCUACCCGAACUGGAGCAGAUCAUUGAGCUUGUCGGCAGGCGAGAUGAGCUCUUCUUUGGCUACUCUACAACACCUGAGGUAUCUUGAUCUGAGCGGGAAUGACUUCAAUGGCACAAGCAUCCCUGUGUUCUUAGCUUCUCUCAAGAACCUAAGGUAUCUCAACCUCUCGUGGACAGGAUUCAGUGGGAGAAUACCUUCCCAACUUGGCAAUCUCUCAAAGUUGCAAUAUCUUGAUCUCAGUUGGAAUUAUGAUUAUUAUGUGAAUACGCCUUACAUAGUGGAUCUUGCAUGGUUGCCACGUCUCUCUUCGUUGAGGCAUCUUGACAUGAGUUUUGCUGAUCUUGGUUCUGCGAGAGAUUGGUUUCGGAGUGUUAAUAUGCUUCCUUCUCUUAAAGUGCUUGGCUUGUCCGGUUGUGGACUCAACAGCACCAUGUUUGCUAGUAUAUCACUUUCCAACCUCACACAUCUCGAAGUCCUUCAUAUGUCUGAUAACAACUUCUAUACUUCACUCAAGCAUGCAUGGUUUUGGAAUCUCAAAAGCCUUAAGGAACUUUACCUCUCCGGUUCCAGCUGGAUAGGGUCUAUUCCUAGUGAUUUGGCAAACAUGACGGCCCUUCAAGUCAUAGAUUUAAGUGGGAAUCAGCUCAUGGGUUUGAUACCAGAAAAAUUGGAAAAUUUGUGCAAUUUGACCAGAAUGAGGUUCAGUGGUAACAACAUAGGUUCGAGCAUAGGGGAGUUCAUGAGGCGAUUACCAAAGUGCUCAUGGAAUACAUUGCAAGAAUUUUCGGUGCAGGAUGCAAAUAUGAUCGGGAAUCUUCCCAGUUGGAUUGGUAACAUGACCAAUCUCAGUGUUCUUCAUGCAUCUAAAAACAUGUUGAGUGGCUCUCUACCUGUAGGAGUUGGAGCACUGAGUAAUUUGAAAAGUCUGAUCCUUGGGAACAAUAACUUCAGCGGUGUGCUCUUGAAAGAACAAUUUGCAAAUUUAGGGAAAUUAGAGCUUUUGGACCUCAGCCACAAUAACUUCAACGGUGUGCUUUUGAAAGAACAAUUCGCAAAUUUAGGGAAAUUAGAGCUUUUGGACCUCAGCCACAAUAACUUCAGCGGUGAGCUAUUGAAAGAACAUUUUGCAAGUUUAGGCGCCUUAAAGAGUUUGAACCUUAGUUGCAAUAACUUCAGUGGUGUGCUCUCCAAUGAACAAUUUGCAAGGUUCGGCAACUUAAAUCUUUUGGACCUCAGCAGUAAUAACUUUAGUGAUUUUCUCUUGAAAGAACAGUCAGCAAGUUUAGAUAAUUUAAAGCAUUUGGACCUCAGCUAUAAUAAAUUAAAUAGUGUGCUCGUGGGGGAACAUUGUACAGGCCUAUUGAAUUUAAAGUAUAUGGACUUGUCGUACAACUCUUUGAGAUUAGCUAUCAACCAAAAAUGGGUUCCUGCAUUUAGGUUGAAGUACGCAAUAUUCCGGUCAUGUCAAUUGGGCCCUAGAUUUCCUGAGUGGCUUAAAUGGCAAUCUGACAUUGAUGUUCUUGUUCUCAGUAAUGCAAAUCUUGAUGAUGUUAUUCCUGAUUGGUUUUGGGUUACAUUUUCCCGAGCUUCCUUCUUGCAAGUAUCAGUAAACAAAUUGCAUGGGUCAAUACCAUCAGAUCUACAACACAUGUCAGCUGAUCAUAUAUAUCUCGGAUCCAAUAAGUUUACAGGUCAAGUCCCACAGUUGCCUAUAAAUAUAGUACGACUGAACCUAUCUUCAAACUCUUUAUCUGGUUCAUUGCCAUCAGAGUUAAAUGCUCCAUUACUCGAAGAGUUGUUGCUUGCAAACAAUCAAUUCAUAGGCACCAUCCCGUCGUCUAUAUGCCAAUUGACUAAACUGAAAAGGUUGGACCUAUCAGGAAACCAGUUAACAGGAGAUAUUAUGCCGUGCCAAAAGGAACUUGUUCCAAACUCUACAGAUCAAUUUGUCUCUGACAUGCUGAGCUUAGCCUUGAAUAACAAUGAUCUCACUGGUGAAUUCCCUAAAUUUCUUCAAAGGUCAUCAGGAUUAAUGUUCCUUGAUCUUUCUUACAACAGGUUAUUUGGAGGAUUGCCAGAAUGGUUACCCCAAAAAAUGCCACACAUGAAAAUAUUAAGAGUGAGAUCAAAUAUGUUCAGUGGUCAUAUUCCUAAGAGUCUCACUUCCCUUCACGAUCUUCAUUAUUUGGACAUAGCACACAACAAGAUAACAGGAACCAUACCAUGGUCUUUGUCAAACCUGAAGGCAAUGAUGACAGUGGUGUCGCAGGACACGGGGGAUUAUAUUUAUGAAGAGAGCAUACCAGUAAUCACAAAGGACCAAAAGCGUGACUACACCUUUGCAAUUUACCAGCUAUUGGUUGUUCUUGAUUUGUCAAGUAAUAGUUUGGGGGAACAGGUUCCAGAGGAGAUAACUUUACUUGUUGGGCUUACCAAUCUGAACUUGUCAAAUAAUCAACUCAUAGGAGCAAUCCCAAAACAAAUUGGUGAUUUAAGGCAGUUGGACUCACUCGACCUAUCCUUCAAUGAGUUUUCUGGUGCAAUACCAUCAAGUUUGUCAGCUUUAACUUAUUUGAGCCACUUGAACUUGUCGUACAACAAUCUGUCCGGUGCAAUACCAUCCGGACAACAGCUACAAGCUCUUGAUAACCAGAUGUAUAUCUACAUUGGUAACCCUGAUCUUUGUGGAGAUCCUGUUGGCAGGAACUGCUCAACACAUGACGCAGAGCAAAGUGGCCUCGAAGAUAUAGAUCAUAUGCCAUCUGUUUAUCUUGCCAUGAGCAUUUGAUUUGUGGUGGGUCUGUGGACAGUUUUCUGCACCAUGUUGAUGAAGAGAACAUGGAGGGCUGCCUUCUUUCAGUUUGUUGAUAUGAUGUACGACAUGGUUUAUGUUCAAGUGGCUAUAAGGUGCGCUCACAUGAUGGAGAAAACUCAAGACGGUGCGCCAUGAAGUGCCCAACUCUGCAGCAAGCGAAUUGUGUGUAUCCAAAUAUUAUUUGUAUUUUUGUACCAUAUCCAUAUUUUCAGCUCUAAAUUAGCCUUGGCUGGACGGUCUGUACUAUACUGUAUUGUUAUUUGUAUGUUUGCACCUUAUCUCUAUUUUAGCUCUACAUGAGCCUUGGCUGGA